AUGGCGGAGAGGACGUAUCCUCCCUCUAAGCCGGUGAGCACCAACGGCGCGCCCAACGGCAGCGCCGGCGGCGGCGGCGCCGGAGCGGCAUUUCCGGCGACCAAAGCCCAGCUCUACGGGGCGACGCGGCCCGUCUACCGCCCGCAGGCCCCUAAGGCUGCGCCGCCGCGGCGCCGCCGCGGGGGGCGCGGCUGCUGCUGCUGCUGCUGCAUAUGGGUCACCCUCAUCCUCCUCGCCAUAAUCUUCCUCGCGGCCAUCGCCGGAGGAAUCUUCUACGUGAUAUACCGCCCCCAACGUCCCUCCUUCUCGGUCUCCUCUCUCAAACUGUCGACGUUCAACGUCACCACAGCCGACGCGGUCAGCUCCAGGCUGGACCUGUCGGUGACCGCCCGCAACCCCAACAAGAAGCUGGUUUUCCUCUACGAGCCCAUCUCCAUCUCCGCUACCACCGGCGACUUGGCGAUCGGGGACGGGUCCUUCCCGGCGUUCGUCCACGAGGCGAAGAACACGACGGUGCUGAAGGCGGAGGUGGCGAGCGCCAGCCAGAAGCUGGACUCCGCGGCGGCGGCGGAUCUGAGGAAGAAGACUAGCCUGCCGAUGCAGGUACUGCUGGAGACCAGAGCUGGCGUCAAAGUGGGGAGUUUGAAGACGAAGAAGAUGAGGAUCCGAGUCUCUUGCACGGCCGCCGACGUGCCCGUCCCCAAGGGGAAGACCCCUUCCGCUGCCUCCUCGCCGGACGUGACUUGCAAGGUCAAGCUGAGGCUCAAGAUCUGGAAAUGGUACUUCUAG